GUUGUGUUGCAGAACAGAGGAAGAAUGGAGACACAACCUUUAGCAAGAGGUGGGAGCUGUGGGGAGAUCUGGGCAAGAACUGGGCAGAAGACCCUGGAGGCGGAAACCCUCCAUGCAGAAGUUCAGCCCUGGAACUGCAGGAGCGUCCAAUACCAGGAGGCCGAGGGUCCCCGAGGACUUUGCAGCCGGCUCCACUCCUUGUGCAGUCGAUGGUUGAGAGCAGAAAAGCACACCAAAGCGCAGAUGCUGGACCUGGUUGUUCUGGAGCAGUUCCUGGCCCUGCUGCCCCUGCAGGUGGAGCGCUGGGUGCGGGAGUGUGGAGCAGAGACCAGCUGCCAGGCGGUGGCCCUGGCCGAGGGCUUCCUCCUGAGCCAGGCGGAGGAGCAGAAGGAGCAGGUCGGGUUGCAGUCCUUCACUGUGGAGAUCAGAGAUCCCGAGGGAAGGAGGAAUCCAUCCAAUCCCCCUCCGGAGAUGUUUUUCAGGGGGAUCUCUCAGGAAGAUCCAGGUCAGGACACCUCAGCAGGGAAGACUCAAACAAAGUUGACUGCUCUAUACGGUGGAGCUGAAACACUUGUUGGACCUCCAAGUCAAGUAAGAGGAGCAAAUUUAAUGAUUAGACUUGUAUUCUCCCUUUCCUCCAGAAAGACAAGCUGCUGUACGUAGUACUUUCUCCUUCAGUUUUUCCCUCUCGUUUGGGCUCGGGUAUUUCCGUGUUCCUGAGCAACAUGCAAUGGAGAAGAAGAGGUUCAAGUUGCUCUCAG